GUUCAACUAGAUAUGAAAGCCUUUCGCAAUGCUGAUAGCGACGGAGUGCUCUAGAUUAAAGAUCUUUGACAGUCGCACUAUCUUGAAGGUCGGAUUUACAUCAGCGUUGACACGUAGCAUUGGUCUUUCACGAUCCCAACUCUCUGUUUGCUGUCGCCGCCAAGUUAUAUCGAAUUCGCCAUCGUACUUCGUACAUAAAGAGCCGGAAACUGGGAUAGCAACACUAGGAUAAGAAAUCGCUCAGCACGUGCUCUUGCGACGCUCGAACCCGUUGCUACCUACUUAUUGAUCAGCACAACUCUAUUUGUGAGCUCCUACACGAGCGCCACAAUGUCAGAAGCACCAAGCGCAAGCUCAGCGCAGAAGCAUCGAUCCGCGUCAUUAGAAUUAGAAGAAGCAAUCGAACCAGAGCGAAAGCCGAGAAACAGGAGGAGAAGAGGAUCCGGCUCAGACACCUCCGACUCGGAAUUCGACGACGAAGAUGAAAAGGACAAUGACGGCCAUCGACCGUCGAGCAGAGAAGUAAAGAAGAGCAUAUCCCGAUCACGCAGCCGAGCCAGCUACUCUCUUCCACUUCAACAACCCAUCGCAACGACCACCGGUAUCGGCGCACCCAUCUCGAAAACAUUGUCGAGACGCGAUACAGCGCUGUCAAGGCUGCGGACGCGGACGAACACAGCACCGUUCACACACCCGUUGGCGCACCAUCAGACCACCGCAGAUGUGCUCGUCGAUUUUGACGGGCCGGACGAUCCGUACCGACCCAUGAACUGGCCGACCAAGAAGAAGGUGCUUACGACUAUGAUGUACGGUAUGACGACCAUGACUGCGACAUGGGCGUCUUCUGCGUACAGUGCAGGAACUCGGCAGGUUGCUGAGGAGUUCCAUGUUGGUAAUCAGGUCGCUGUGCUGGGUACGACGUUAUUUCUGUUCGGCUUUGGUACAGGACCGCUGCUGUGGGCGCCUCUGUCGGAAGUUUUUGGCAGGAAGCUGGCUGUCCUGAGUCCCAUGUUUGUUGCGAUGUGCUUUAGCUUUGCGAGUGCGGUAGCGAAGGACUUCCAGACGCUGAUGAUAACUCGUUUCUUUGGAGCGUUCUUUGCCAGUGCGCCGGUUACGAAUACGGGUGGUGUGUUGGGUGAUUUAUUCAGUCCGGCUUGGAGAGCGCUUGCGCUUGCUGGCUACGCUAUGGCUGUUGUGGGCGGUCCAUGCUUAGGACCUAUCGUAUCCGCAGCCUUUGUUGCCAACCCCUCUCUCGGUUGGCGAUGGACUGAAUACUUCACUGGCAUCAUACAAGGUGCUAUUCUCGUGGUCGAUGUAAUAUUCAUCGAUGAGUGCUACCCGCCCAAGCUUCUCGUUUACAAGGCACGCCGCCUGCGCCACGAAACGGGCAACUGGGCACUCCACGCCAAGUUCGAGGAGUGGGAUGUCAGCUUCUCUCAACUCUGCCGCAAGUUCCUGGUUCGCCCGGUGCAGCUCCUGAUGACACCCAUCUGCUUCCUCGUUGCGCUAUACGCCAGUUUCUGCUACGGUAUUCUGUACAUGCAGCUUGGCGGCAUUCCCAUCAUCUUCGGUGAGCUACGAGGCUGGUCUGCUGUGUCUUCCACCCUUCCAUUCUUGGCCAUCUUUCUCGGAGCAUGUUUCGGCUGUGCAAUAAACUCGUACAACCAAAUCCUGUACAACAAGGCGUAUCAUGCAGCUGGUGACCGCGCAGUGCCGGAGAAGCGUCUUCCACCCAUGAUGCUGGGGUCUGUACUCUUCGCCUCGGGGCAGUUCGUUAUGGGAUGGACGGCGGACCCGCGAUUUCAUUGGAUUGCCCCUGUUAUCGGUCUUGUCAUGCUGGGCACCGGAUUCUUCACGAUCUUCCAAGCAGCGCUAAACUACCUCGUCGACACGUUUACAGAGUAUGCUGCCUCCGCGGUUGCGGCGAAUACCUUCCUCAGGAGUUGUUUUGCUGGUGCGUUUCCCUUGGUCGUCACUCCAAUGUAUCAUAACAUAGGAGUUGGGCCGGCGAGCAGCAUUACUGGCGGAUUUGCAGCACUUCUGAUACCGGUCCCAUUUGUGUUCUAUAUCUAUGGAAAGCGAAUUAGAAGGGGAAGCAAAUGGUCGAGGCAGAGCGUUUUUGAUUGAGAAGACUAUGUAGCUUUCACUGCAGCUCCCGACCACCAAAAAAACAUUUUCAUCUACAGAAACAUG